GCCUGAUAGAUCUCCAGUCAGCAGGGGAACCGCGGCGCGUCCGGUCAGACCCCCUCGUGUUCCAGGACCUUCUGCUCUGCGUGUGUCCUCUGGUUCGGGUUCUGCGUGCCGCUCGAGAGCCAGCAGGUCCGUCUCGAGGAGGCUGCAUCCCGCGUGGGAUUAGACCGCGGUUGGAAUUGUCAUGGAGCCCGUUAGCAAGUGGACGGCGCAACAAGUGGUGGACUGGAUGAGAGGUCUGGACGACAGCCUCCAGCCCUACAUCCCGUCCUUCCAGCUGCAGGCCGUCCCGGGGGAGCGUCUGCUGCGGCUGACCCACCAGGAGCUGCUGUCGCUGGGCGUGGGGCGCGUGGGCCACCAGGAGCUGCUGCUGGAGGCCGUGGACCUGCUCUGCGCUCUGAACCACGGCGUGGAGGCGGACCGCCUGGGGGUCCUGGUGGGCCGGAUGAGGGGCUCCGUGGUGCAGCUGCAGGUGUCGGCCUCGGAGCGCCGGAAGAACCCGUCGUACCGCGGCGUCCACGCCCAGAAGCCCUCCAACCACUUCCUGACCGCCGUGGUGGAGCUCAUCGCCACCGCCAAGACCCUGCUGGGCUGGCUGGACCGGGCGCCGGGGACGGGGGGGAAGGACCUGGGAGCCACGAAGAACACCAUCAUCCAGCUGUGUCUGCAGCUGACCUCCGCCGUGCAGAAGGACUGCACCGUGUACGAGAUGGAAGACAAGAUUCUGGAAGUGUCGCGGGCGCUGAACGCUGUGUGUGAGGAGGCGGCGGGCUCCGCCUCUGACCCGGUCCAGACCCCCAAGUCCUCCCUGGAGGAGGUCUGCAUCUCCACCAUCAGACCAGGAGAAGGACUGGGGAUGUACAUCAAGUCUACGUACGACGGGCUCCACGUCAUCACCGGGACCACGGAGAACUCCGCAGCAGACCAAACUGGGAGGAUCCACGCUGGAGACGAGGUUGUCCAGGUCAACGGGCAGACCGUGGUGGGCUGGCAGCUGAAGCACCUGGUGACCAGUCUGAAGGCGAAGCCGGGGGGCGUGGUCCUGGUCCUGAAGAAGAGGCCGUCGGGGGUCUCCUGUUCCAUCAGCCCCGCCCCCCUGAAGAACCUGCGCUGGAGACCCCCCCUGGUGAAGGUGUCGGCUCUGACCCAGCCCUCUGAUCAGGGUCUAUCAGACCUGGUCCGCACGGUGAAGCCGGAGGCCCUGGAGCUCUACAUCCCCCCUCCCCCCCUCGGUGCCCUACACCCCCAGGUAGGCCCGUACCCCCCUCCCCCCUCGGUGCCCUACACCCCCAGGGGCGGGGCCACCGAGGUGGUCAUGAGGCCCAAGUCUCCUAACUCCUCCCUGGACGUGGGCGGGAGGCGGAGCUUAUUGCAGAAGGACCACAGGACCUCGCUAGGCCCCUCCCCCGAUGCCCCCCACCUGCCCACCCCCGUACGCAUGAGGCAGAGGUCGUCCACGAAGGGUAAGCCCCGCCCCAUCUCCAUGCCGGCCGUCACCAGCUCAGGUGUGUGCGACCCCUUCGCCCGGCCAGGGCUGCACGGACGAACAGCCCAGGACGUCCUGCAGCGUUGCCUCAGCAACGAGCGCAUCGGCACCAUCUCCGAGGAGGCCCCGCCCUGCUUCCCCCUGGCGCUGCCCUACCAGCGGGGGCGCCGUGGCGUGCCGGGGGGCCGCGGCGUGGACCACAUCCGGGGCAGCCGCUGCUUCGUCAACGCCGAGCUGCACAGCAGCGCCACCAUGCCCUACCAGGAGACGGCCGGCCGCAAGCCCCCCGUCGCCACGGCGACCUCCUCCUCUUCCUCUGGACACUCGCUGCUGGGGGGGUGGCUGGCACGGCUCCGGCUGCUGAGCCACUGACGGCCGUCCCACCGGACUCGCCCGAGGGCACGCGGGCGGUGCAGGGGAGCGCGUGGAGCCCAGGGAGGAGGGCGGUGCAGGGGAGCGCGUGGAGCCCAGGGAGGAGGGCGGUGCAGGGGAGCGCGUGGA